UUGCCCUGGGAGUGAGCUGAAAGGGGUUCCCUUGAACAAAGGGUCCCAGGCAGCAUUCCAGGCUCCAGGCGCGUCCGGAGACUUUUCAUUCUUUGUUUGAAAGGGCAGUGGUGCCGUUCCCAUCCGAGCGAUGCCUGACGGAGCCGGUGCCGCCGGCAGCGAGGAGCAGCUGAUCGGCUUUCAAAUCACCUUCAAACCUCGAUUUCCUUAACAUGAUCCCUCCAUCAGCGCGGUCCCCGGGGCACAGCCGCGGGGCUUUGCCGGCAGGAGAAUAAACAGGAAUACCCCGGCCACGACGCGGGGACCCAAAAUCCACCUUCCCCAGCACUCCAGGACUUUUUAGGGUCGAGCAACAGCUUUGCACGACCUCACCCCAUCUGCUCGCCGCGAUUCGCCUCCAAUCCAGGCGGGAUAAUCCCCUCCUUGGAGCAUCCCUGGAGCCGCCUUGCAGCAUCCCCGCGGCGCCGGCUGCCGCGGAAGGGAUGAAGACGCUAUGGCCAAGCUUUUGCUAAAACUCCAGCGGUAUUUUCGGCGCAAACCCGUGCGUUUCUUCACGCUGCUGGCUCUCUACCUGGCGGCCGGCAGCUUGGUUUUCCUGCAUUCCGGCUUUUCGGGGGAGCCCAGGGUGGCGGGGAGCCCCCGCAGCCCCGCGGCCGCAGAGGGGCCGGGGCUGCAGUACCUGGGGGUGAUGCAGCUCGGCCGCGGCUUCAAGGCGGCAGUGACGAUACCGGCGGGGGGCCGGCGACACGGGCCCUGGUUCAGAAACACCUCCAGGGAGCCGUCGGACAGGGGAAAACCCCGGGAUAACAGCGGCCCCCGGAGCCGGGCGCUCAGAGGCAGGAGCGGCCGAGAGAAGGAGGAGGACAGAGCCCGGUACAUUGGCUGCUACGAGGACAACACCCGGCAGAGGACCCUGCGCGGAAUGUCCUUCUUCGACUACAAGAAGAUGACGGUGUUCCGUUGCCAGGACAACUGUGCCGAGCGGGGGUACCUGUACGCGGGGCUGGAAUUCGGGGCCGAGUGCUACUGCGGGCACAAGAUCCAGGCGCCCAACGCCAGCGAGGCCGAGUGCAACAUGGAAUGCAAGGGAGAGAGGAGCAACACCUGCGGCGGCGUCAACCGGCUCUCCGUCUACCGCCUGGAGCUGGCCCAGGAAUCUGCACGCAGGUAUGGAAGUGCGAUAUUCCGGGGGUGUUUCCGCCGGCCAGAAAACGUUUCCAUCGCUCUGCCUGCCAGCCAGCUCAUGCUCAACAUGUCCGUGGAUAAAUGUGUGGAUUUCUGCACAGAGAAGGAAUUCCCCCUGGCAGCGCUGGCAGGCACCACGUGCCGCUGUGGCUUUCCCAGCACGCUGUUCCCGCUGCACGAGCGCGAGGAUGAGCAGCUCUGCGCCCACAAAUGCGCCGCCGAGGAGUUCGAGAGCUGCGGCUCCGCCGAGUUCCUGCUGGUCUACCAGACACAAGUGCAGGACAAUCGCUGCAUGGACAGGAGGUUCCUGCCCAGCCGUGCCAAGCAGUUGGUGGCCCUGGCCAGCUUUCCUGGAGCUGGCAACACCUGGGCCAGGCACCUGAUCGAGUUGGCCACCGGCUUCUACACCGGCAGCUACUACUUUGAUGGCUCCCUGUACAACAAAGGAUUCAAGGGCGAGCGGGAUCACUGGAGGAGUGGCAGGACCAUUUGCAUCAAGACCCACGAGAGUGGGCAGAAGGAGAUCGAGUCCUUCGACUCAGCCAUCCUGCUGAUCCGCAACCCCUACAAGGCCCUGAUGGCCGAGUUCAACCGCAAGUACGGGGGGCACAUCGGCUUCGCCGCCCACGCCCACUGGAAGGGCAAAGAGUGGCCAGAGUUUGUGGCCAACUACGCGCCGUGGUGGGCGACCCACACGCUGGACUGGCUGCGCUUCGGGAAGAAGGUGCUGGUGGUGCACUUCGAGGACCUGAAACGCGACCUGUUCGUGCAGCUGCAGAGGAUGGUGGCGCUGCUGGGCGUCACAGCCUGCGAGGACAGGCUGCUGUGCGUGGAGGGACAGAAGGACGGCAACUUCAAGCGCUCUGGCCUGAGGAAAUUGGAGUACGACCCCUACACGCCCGAGAUGAGGAAGACAAUCAGCGCCUACAUCCGAACCGUGGACGCGGCGCUGAAGCUGCGCAACCUCUCGGGGGUUCCUGAGGAUUAUUACCCCAGAUGAUGGUGACCCUGUGUGCCCAGGGGUGUCCUCCUGGCGGCUUCUGGCUGAUUCCACCCAGUGGGUGGCUCCUCUUUUCACCCUCCGUGCGCUGCUGUAGCUGUUGGUCUCUCCCUGCAUGAGCCGCCACAGGUCCCCAGCUACCGCUCGGCUUUUUUUU